CAAAGUUGCCAUGCCGUCUUUUAGUCCAUCAUGCUCUCCAUGGGGUCCAAAUAGGCCCUUUCUCGCCCUCUCCGACCUACCAGAAUCUCGUCGCAGGCGGGCUCGCUACGGCUCCGGCAAUCCCAUCCAGCGUUCAGAAUGCGACCCGUAUCGUUACCUCCACUUGUCAUCCCAAAUAGGCGCUCUCCGGCGCCCGUACUUCUGGGGAGCUACCAGGGAAGUGAGCAACGGCUGAGGGAGAUGCCCGUACCCGUAUCCCGGUUUAGGCUAGUGCAUAGAAGCCCAUGCGACAGUCCACGGCCGGAGCCACGGGUCGGGCCGCUCGAGCACGACUUUAUCGACGACAUCGACCUCUUCAAGUUCUACAACCCGUGCCUGCUUCCCCCGACGCCUAUCCGGCCCCAUCCAGCCACCCAGUGCGCCGAACUCCCCGCCGACUCGCGAGACCCGGCGCCGCGCCCAGACCCUAGCCUACGCAGAUCGAAACGGACCGUCACUAGGAGGAGCCGGAGCUACCGCCGCCACACCCACGCCACAGGCCCUUACCCAAGGCGGGCCCGAUCACGCUCACCGUCCCAGCCGCCGCCGUACUCGGCCGGUCCGGCACGCGCCCGUUCUCCUCCUCCCUCGCCUCCACGAGCACCCCAGCCAAGACGGGUGAGCCUCCCACGAUGGGCUCUGUGGGACCUGGAGGACACACCCGUGGCCGACAACAACCCCUAUCCCGAAGGACAGCAGGACACUCCAGAGUCUGACGGGACGCUCGACAUGGGACGGCGACACAACACACCCUCCCUUGUGCGCGGGCCGGAAGACGGAGGAUCUCGGCUCGGGGUGGUCGACGAGUGCGGCUAUUACGAGCAGCAGCAAGCACAACAGCAAGAGCAAGCCGCGCUGAGGGAGCUGUGGGGCGUGAUCGACGGGAUGCUGGGCCCCGGCACAAACCUGCGGGACUACGAUGCGCGGAGCGUGAGUGCCGCUAGUAGCAUCUACUCGCCAUGGGACGGUGUUGACGUCGACGAUGUGUGGAAUGAUGGUCUGAGACAACAAGGAGGGAUCAGCAGCAGUAGCAGCAGCAGCAGCAGCGAGGACACGGUGGUACCCGACGGGUAUGAGGCUCCGCAGAAGGCGGGUUGGUGGCGGUCGUUUAGGCAGGGGUUGUUGCUUUGACAGUACUCUCAGUUGUCUCUGACUCUGAUAGGAGGAAUUCGAAACAAAAUGGAUUAUCACAGACAGACGUCCUCGCUUCAUUCGUUCAUUUGUAUCAAGUCCCCUGGAUUCAGUUCAGUUACAACAAUGAGAAUGAGAAUGACACCCCCCCUUCACUCAGCAUCCCUCUUCGCCCACGGCGCCACG